CAUUUUUAACUAAAAAAUUGCUCUAAAGAUAUUUUUAUAUCUCAACAAAAACUCCCCUCUUCUACCUCAAAAUCCUUCUGCUUCCCUCUUGGUAAGUCUUUUUGGAUUUCAGAACUGAAUAGGACUAGGAUUUUAUUUUAUUCUUUUCCUUCCAAGAUGUCUGGAGUCUUUGUUUAGCGCUAUAUUUAGGUUUACCUCAAGUUUCGAUUUUGCUGAUAAACCUGUGACCCAAAUCCAAACUUCAGUUGAGUUUAGUGUCAGCUUAAAACCACAUGAAACUGUCAUGUGUCAUAUGACUUCUCUAGCUGAGACCACAAGUGGUGGUGGUGUUUUUUCAUGACAGCUUCUUAUUGGGACUUUUGAAAUGUGGACGCAUUAUCUAAUACAUGUAUUAUGUUACUUGUGUAUCAUUGUCCAAGGUCAGUCAUCACUGGGAGGUUGUGACUGACAUUUACUCACCAUAACCACAUGUUAUAUUAGACAGUCUACUAACUCAGAAUGCAGGUCCUGGUUUUCAGUUUACAGCUUUUACCAGCUGCCAACAUGUUAUCUCUAAUGAACAUGGAGCCAGAAAUACAGCCAUACUUAAAUAGAAGAUUCUUGGCUAUGCAGAUAAGGAAGAAGUGUUUCAGUGAAGGCAAUAUUUUUGUACUAUUCUAGAGUAGAAAUGAAGAUUAUACACAAACUGACCCAAUGCUGUUUUCUUAGGGUGCAUCCUUUGUUUUUCUGGUUUCGGUCUUUUCAUCAUAGGAUGGCAUUAGCUCUGUGUCUGCAGGUGCUGUGCAGCCUGGGGGGCUGGCUCUCGCUCUACAUUUCUCUCUGCCGCCUGAACAAGCACCGAAGCUAUGAGUGGAGUUGCCGCCUGGUUACGUUCACCCAUGGAGUCCUCUCUAUAGGCCUCUCAGCUUAUAUUGGCUUCAUUGAUGGCCCUUGGCCUUUUACCCACCCAGGCUCACCCAAUACACCUCUCCAAGUGCACGUUCUGUGUCUCACCUUGGGCUACUUCAUCUUCGACUUGGGCUGGUGCAUCUACUUCCAGUCUGAGGGAGCCCUGAUGCUGGCUCACCACACACUGAGUAUCUUGGGCAUCAUCAUGGCCCUGGUGCUUGGAGAGUCAGGCACAGAGGUCAAUGCAGUCCUCUUUGGAAGUGAGAUUACCAACCCCUUGCUCCAGAUGCGCUGGUUUCUCCGUGAAACAGGGCACUACCAUAGUUUCACUGGAGAUGUGGUGGACUUCUUCUUUGUGGCUCUGUUCACUGGAGUGAGGAUUGGCGUAGGAGCUCGCCUCCUUUUCUGUGAAAUGGUCUCACCCAAGCCCAAGUGGUUUGUAAAGGUUGGGGGAGUAGCUAUGUAUGCUGUGUCUUGGUGUUUCAUGUUUAGCAUCUGGCGCUUUGCAUGGAGGAAAAGCAUCAAGAAGUACCAUGCCUGGAGAAGCAGGCGGAGUGAGGAGUGGCAGCUAAAACAUAAUGGACAUCUCAAGACGCGCUAGCCAAGGCUUGCUCCAGAAAAUGGAGUGGGUUAAGUCAGCCAUGGGAACCAGGUUGGAAAUAUGGCUGUUAUGGAAUCACGCUUAUAACAAACUUAGGUUUCUAAAAAGGGCUAAAUUUAUCGAUCAGUUUGGUGGGUCUUUGAGUGGAGCACAUACCAGUAUUAAAACACUAAUGUCUACAGUCGCAUAGUUGUAGAAAGUGAGACUCCUCAGUGGUAGUUGUGCAUAAGUCAGAACUGUGAGGUGAGCACUACUGCAUUCCUUUUAGUCUGUGGUGACCCUGGGUGCCCUUGCCCCUGGGAGGCUUGAUGGUCAGACAGCUUAAAAGGGAACUCGAAAAAGAUUAAUGCUGUUUCUUCCUUAUUCCUUUGAGAAGUGACUCCUUCAACAAACACUUUCCACGUAGCAAUUUAUAUAAAUUCAUCCCAUUUACUAUAAAGGGAGGAACUUUCAGGAAGAUGCGUACCUUUGGCAUUCUGACUAUUGGAUCAGGGGAUUGAAUCUGCUUAAACAAAGGGGGAUAGAGGAUGAGAGAAGGAUGGGGGUGAGACUGUGGUAGUGGUGGUGAGUACUUACUGAGCCUCCCUGUACCAACUGUGUCGGGGGUCCCCAAGCCCACCCUCAGGUUCCCUAGGACGACUCACAGGACUCAGCACAUAGUCAUACUCAUUGCUUUGAUAUAUUACAGCGAAAGGAUACCAAGAAAGAUCAGCAAAGGGAAAAAGCACCAGGGGCAAAGUAUAGGGGAAACCAGGCCCAAGCUUCCAGAGCCCUCUCCCAGUGGGAUCACACAGGAUGUGCUUAAUUCCACUAUCGACGAUUUGUGGCAAUAUGUGUGAAAUGUCCACCAAGGAAGCUCAUUAGAGACUCAGUGCCCAGGGUUUUUACUGGGAUGUAGCAAAAUUCCUGACUCCCAGAAGGAAAGCAGGUAUUCAGCAUAACCCAUAUUGUUUGCACAAAGAGUUUUAGGCACAGUGAGCCAGUCUUAUCAGUUAAUGGUGGGAGCUCUCCUGAAAUCGAAGUUCCCAGAUGCUGGCUGAUGGCCAGCCUUACAAGCAGCCCUUUCCAAGGAUAGCAGUUCAGUCCUGCUAUGUUCUCUUUUCUGCACAAAAACCAUAGAGCCAGGGCUUUGGAUGAGAGAUGAAUGAGGUGUGGGCAGAUUUACCGAGUCCUGUUGUACGGGUUUUGCCCAACCGGGAAAACUAUGCCAGUUCUCAGGGCUUUGUGCAUUAAUCUCGUAGGCAUGAGAGGCUGUGACUAAAUUCCACAGGGAUUUACCCUGUGGAUUCCACUAUGCUUGAGAUGACAGUUCAAGUUUCAGCUCUGCUGUGCACGCUGCAGGCUAGAACCAAAGACUAAAGCAUGUCCUGGCCUCAGUGGGAUAAGGCUAAUUUUUGCAUUUCAGAUACAUUCCCUUUCAGUCCUUUUACUACUUUUUCUCAGAAAAAGGUGCCAGUGUUGAUGGACAAAAUAUUAUAACAAGGCCAGACUUGGAAGGAAAAAAUAUUUUUUAGUGCGAUAGUCUCUGAUCUCACCUAGGAAAAGCAAGAGUGUAAGCACAGAACAAGGGGAUGGGAAUCAAGAAUUCCUGGGCUCUUUAACUAAUUUUGCUACUCACUUGCUGGAUCAUUUGGGCAGGUCACUUGUUUACUCUUUGCCUCAAUUUGAACCCUCUUGUGAAUGAAUGAAAUACCCUGCUGGGUAUUUCAUAGAGACAUUAUGUGGCAUUUUAUUCAUGGAGGUGUUUAAUGUAGGGCUUUUAUGAAAAAGUGAAGUAUUUAUUUAUUUGUAUAUUUGUUGUUUAUUUAUUUAUUUAUGUUAUUUAGAUCUGUGGUGACUGAUUAGCUCAGUUGGUAAGCAAGUGUAUGGGGCUCUUGAAGUCAAGGCUGAAAGCAGGAAGUGUGAGCCCAUCCUGUGGUGACUGGUAAUCUUAACCUAAUGAGUGGUCUUGAAAAUGGAUGUCAUUGGCCAGGCAUGACGGAGUGACUGGAACUGCAUCAAGUCAUCGUUGCUCUGGGAAAAGCAACUUUAAAGGCAUGUUAACAGUGGGUCUUCUAAAAUGACUGUCAUUUGGUGAAAGAGUUUUGCUGGACAUGGAAAUAAUCUGACAGUAGCAUCUCCAUCUCUAUUUGUCUAUGAUCAGUAUCCCUAAAAUGCUAGUUAGCUUCCUCCUAACAAAUCUGUGGUCAAAGUAGGAUGCUGGGGAAUGCUGAUUUUAGCGAAAGCCUACUAAAAAAGUGGCUUGGUGCAUGAGCUCAAAAAAAAAAAAAAGAAAAAGCUGGCUCUUGAAUUUUGGCACAGUGUAACCUGUUCCAUACCAGACAAAUGAAUAGGCUUAAUCUGGUACCAAUUCUUUUCUCCUUACUCUUCAGAAAUGAAGGGAUUGCAGAUCUUGCUGUUUUGGGGUACUCUCAUGGGAGUUUCUUUGAAUUUUGAGAAACCUAAACAAUGAUAAGGGAAAGAGAAUUCCUCAUUUCAACUAUUCUUGAUGUCAUAGCUAAUAACUAUGAAGGAAACUCUCUGAGAGAAAAAUGUGAAAUGAAUAUGCCUCAGCAGUUGAGAUGCUGAGUUUUUACAUCACAGGUAAAUGAAGGGCUAAUUCACAUGUGGUGUGGUUGGACAAAAUGCAGGACUCAUUUGCAUUUGGAUUACUAUGUAAUAAUUACUAACACUGCUCAAGAAGGAUUUAUAUUUCAAUAAGAUUUGUACUAAAUUUUAUAAAAAUAAACAACUUUUUCUCAACCUAGAGUCUGCGUUUAUAUCUUUGUUGUGGUUUUGCCAAGAAGUGGGGAAAAAAGUCUUUUGACCUGUAGAAAUGUUGACCCAUAUUUAUACUUAUUGGUGAAUUACCUCUUAUCUGCUGCUUAUCAUCAACCAUUCCUACCAUUCUUUACUUUUUGGAGCAACACUCUACAUACAGAAAACACUUUGCCAAAAGAGAGAGGAAGAACCUAAUUUCUUUCUUAUUUUGCCACCUGUGUGGGCAGUUGCCUUGAAAAUGAUGAUGUUGAGUGGGCUCCAUGAGGACACAGCCUUUGGCUCUCUUCAGAACUGUACUUCCAACACCUAGAACAGUGUUAGAUGCAGAGUAGGUGCUCAGUAAGCAUGUUGAAAGAAUGGAUGAGGGGAGGAGAAUGUGGUUUAGAAUAACCCUCCAAUGGAAAACCUGCUCAAACAGCAUGCACAAUGGAUUGUGUCAUUUUUCUAGGCAAAAGACUAACGACCCUGGGGAGUGUGUACUACCUAGAUUGGUGUGACUCUUCUGAAGGCGUUCUGUAGAUAGAGCCCUUUAGAACAGUCUAGAGCUACCAACAGCUGUAAAGAGGCUUUCACAGACAUUUUACCAUUAGCGCUUUGUGGGUGAAUAUAGAGAUUUUCAUCAUUAAGAAAAAAUAGUUCUGGGCUUAAUUAAAUCCUUUGCUUACCAUCUUCUGAAGCUUUCCCACAGCAAAUGCCUUCUUUGCUCACAGCUAGAACUUUGGGUCUGUUUAAGUUUGGAAAGAUCUUGAAAGCAGUCUGCCAAGAGGUUUUGUAUGCAAGGAAGAGAAGGUGAAUUAGGAAACUUGCCCAGUUUGUUUUAUUUCUGAAGCUCAAGUAGUGAGGCAUUCUUGAAGGGAAGUGGGGAACUCGUUUUUAAAAUGCAUAAUUUGAUGAGUCAUUGGGUCCAAUUAAUUUGAUACCUACACUGUAAAAUUAUUAGAAUAGGGCAAAAAAGAUAUUUAGUAUGUUUAAGAAAGAUAUACGUUUGGAGAUAAGGUUUGCAUUUUGGUCAGUGUAUAUAGAUGGA